UCAAUAAAUAGUUUGCAAAGCCAGCCCGACUUACAGCAGCUAUUACACUCACUCUUGCGCGAAGGCAUAAUAAAGCAAACAGAGAAAUGAAGAGCAGAUAAAUUGAAGAUUUGAGUGAUUAAAAAGCGGCGUCAGUAGAUUUAAUAAUGUGAGCAGUAGAGUUAGUUAUCUGAGAAACUUAGUGAAAUAAAAGUGAAUUUCAAUAAAAAUAUUCUAAAUGCUCUGUAUAAAACUUAAAUAUAAUUUAAAAGUAUCAAAAUUAUAAUAAAUUUGUUUAAAAUAAAACAAAAACAAUAUAAAAAGAUCAAAAUGAAUGCAAUAUUUUCUCGUGCGCCAAUGGAAUAUAAUAAUCUAAAAGGCAAUGAGGAAGAUCUAACAGAUUUAUCUGAUAUAGAUAGUGACUUAGAAGAUGAAGUCGAUUUACCUAUAAGUAGUGAUGAGGAAGCUGUUCUAGAAUCGCAGCGCAUAAAUAUAUCAGAUUUAUUUGUACCAAAACCCUUUAUUAAAACUCUAAAUAGCUUGAUCACUUCGAAAGAUGGCAGUGUAGCGUCCGUUCAAAACGAAGGUGCAAUAAACGAUACAAAACAACAACAAGCUAAACAACAAAAGGAGGAGGUAAAAAAACAAAGCAGAAAUAAACGUUCUACAGUUAAACGUAAAGCCAAAACAGGAAAAAAAAAUAUAUCUAAAAAACCAAAAACACAACAGAAAGGAAAAAAACAAACACAAAAUAAAACAAAAACAUCGAAUACUCAAAAAAAACCUCCGUCAGAUGUUGUUUCCAGUUCUAUAUGUGGUACUAUCUGUGGCUUCCCAAAGGCGCAUAUUCUCGCUCUUGAUUGCAAAAAAUGUAAUAAUAUUUUUUAUGAUAUUUACAAUUUCUCCAAGCAUUUGCUUGACGUUCAUGCGAUGUUAUCAAGUGAUGGCUUAUCUACGGAGUUGGAGGUUAAGAAGGAAGUUGUUAAUCCAGUAGAUUUUGGUGCGGAUAUUUCCGAUUUACGACAGUGUGGAGAAGUGCAGAUCAUAAAUGUCACGAAACUUUGCUUUGUAUGUGGUUUAUGUAAAGAAGCCAAAUAUGAUAAUUUGGCAUUAUUACAUUGUCAUCUUAACGAAAGACAUAAGUUCUUUGUUCCAGUUGUAAAUAAUUUCAGUAAUGCACAUAAAGAAGAAAUAAAAGACGAGAUAUGUACUUUGUUAAAUCAAGACUCUCCCUUGGAAGUAGAGAAGGAAGUUAGUUGCCUACAAGGUCCAGAGACACUUGUAGGUGCACAACCGCCUCUACCAUCAGUACCAAUGGUUACCAUUCCAAAAACCACAAAUUUAGUGGAAGGUUACAAUAAAAGUAUUACAUUGCCCACACCAGCUCCAGAUACACCUCCUCCAGAAAAUGAUGAUGAUCAAAAUGAUCGGCCUAGUAAAAAAAUUCCAAGCACUAAGCGCGGAGCUAAAAAGGGUGUGGCUAAAAGUUCAUCUAACGAACCGGCAGCUAAGAAAAUAAAAAUGGAACAAAAAUCUGUUCCUGUUUCAUCGAGAAAAUCUGUUAGAAAUGUUAUUAAAAAAUCGGUUGGCAUGAAAACAUUAGAGGUUUCAGCUGAAAAACCAAAACGGACUAUACUCAAAGCCAGAAAAUCUGCAACUAAUGAGCCAAAUUUAAAACAAACUACUUUGUUUGAUCUGAAAACUUAUACUAAAAGCGGUACCUCUUCUCCAACAAUGAAAGAAAAACAAAAAACGUUAGAUAAAGAAAAUCAACCUCAGUUAAAUACAAAUAGUUCUUCUAAAUUGGAGGAAGACGAUGAAAAAUCUAUAUUAAGCGACAAAGAAAUGGAUGAUGAUGAUCAAUCCGAUAUUUCUAAUGAUUUAACCCAACAAACAUCAUCAAAUAGACCAAAUGAUUUAAUACAACAUUUACCAUCACCACCAGAAUCGGUUGAAAGUUUUAGAUUAGACACAUCAGUUGAUAAUCUAAUGGUUCAAAAUGAUAUUAAAGAUGAAAUGGAUACCACUUCAGAUGUAGCGAAAGACUCAAAGCAACCUAAUAAAAAAAGACGUCCCUGCAAUAAUGAUUGUCUUACUUGUGAAUUUUGUCCAAAAACAUUUAAGAAAACUUCACGUCUUAAUGAGCACAAACGUAUACACACCGGUGAAAAACCUUAUGUUUGUGAUGUUUGCAACAAAGGCUUUCGAAUUAAAUUUCGGUUAAGAGAGCAUAAAUUGCGGCACGGUGAAGACAAAGACAAAGCUCACAAAUGUCCAAUUUGUGGACUUGCCUCAGCACUGAAACAAGAUCAUACAUUGCAUAUGCGCCAUCAUGCUGGUGAUCGACGACAUCAAUGCACAGUGUGCUCUAAAGCAUUUGUGCGUAGUACUGAUUUAAAAAUACAUGAACGGAUACACACUGGUGAAAAACCCUUCAAAUGCGAAGUUUGUGAUCGGACCUUCCGUGCGAAACAGAAUCUCACCGUCCAUCGACGCUCUCACACCGGUAUUAAGAAUUACAAAUGCGAAUAUUGUGGUAAAGGUUUUCUGCGUAAAAUUGAUCGGAAAGUUCAUUAUCGUAAACAUACCGGUGAGAAACCAUUUAAGUGCGAAAUUUGCGACCGUAACUAUUCCUCACGAUCUCGGGUACGCUUUCAUAUAGAAAGUAAGCAUAUGAACGGAACUACCAAAGAGAAGAAACCACGCAAACCAAGAGGAUCCAAAGCUAAAGAAUUGUUGAAUCAAAAUCAAAUCUUAGAAGAAAUCAUAGACGACGAUCAAGAAGUUGUUGAAUCUCCAAUGGAAGUUGCAUUGGCGGCGAAUGAUAAUUUAGAUAAGAGUGCUAAUAAAAGUAUGCUAUCAACAGACCAAAGGAAACAAACGGAUACAAAAUUAAACCAGGUUAAUGAAAAUUUAUCACUGGAUUGUACAACUCAACAAAUAUCUGUAAAGUUAUCGAUGCAAGUAAAAAAACUACCAGUAACGGCAAUGCCAGAAAAAGAACAUGUUGGUUCCGACUUGGUCGGUGGAAAAGCGAACCGUCGAAAACGAGUCGCAGCUCGCCAAAAAACAGAACGAAAGAUAACAAGUUAUUUUUCUAUACCUGGAUGAAAAACUAAUUUUUUUUGUAUUGAGAUGGGUGUUGAGUAAGUCACAACUACAUUUGUUUUUAUAAUUUUCA